AUGACGCAUGGAUCCAACACAUCCAUUCGACUAGGAAAGUGAUCAGAUUAUUUGUAACUCCUUGUCAUAGCGUACAAAUCAUCGAUCUUACUCCCGUUCCCGGUCCACGUCCUCGUUUCCACUCUUCACUCGAAAACAUACGCGUCCACCAAUUCACCUCGUAACAGCAACAGUGAAGAUGGACUUCCUCAAACGCAAACUCUCCGUCCGCAAACGCAGCAACACAGCAAGUUCCACCCAAAGCAGCACCAUCACAUCAUCCGACUACGAGAACCGCAACCUCUCCCCCGCCGAACAACGCAUGGAACAACUCAACGACGAACGCUACGAAAACGAAUACCGACGCUCUCAAGACGGAACCCACGUCCCCUCUCCCACAAGAUCCAAAUCCUUCCGCAACAGAACGCCUCGAAAAUCUUCUUUGACACGCUCACCGGCUUCAUUCGUGAAAUAUGGUGGACCGGGAUUGAAUGCUCCGGGUAAUAUGAAGAACGAUUCGGAGGGGAAUGCAUUUGGGAUUUCGGCGGGGGAAGUACCGCCUUUGCCGUUGAAUGCGCAUGUGCAUGGUGAUGGGCAGAUUAGUGAUUUUGAGAGGUAUAGGUUGCAGACUUUGAGUCGGGAUCCGGUGCAUGAGGGGACGGGGAGUGAGAGGAGGGGUGGAGGGUUGGAGGGGGUUGUGGAGGUGGAGGGACGGUAGACGAGGCACUGGGUUGUGAGCGACUGCAGAUCAUUUGAGGGUUACAUGGAAGGGAGGAGGGGAGUUGAGUGGGAACAAUGCGUUGCUCUCAACGGUAUGGGAACGGAGAAAAGGGAAACUUUGGGGCACUUUCACAUAAAUGUGAGAGUGAUGCCAAAUGCGCAGGACGCAAUUUUGGCAAAAGGGCGAAUGGGUGCAUUCUGUUGCAUCUCGUAGGG